AUGGGUGAAUUGAACGUUGACGGAUAUGCUAUAGGUCAACUGGGACAAGCUGGUUGCGAAGGCACUCUCCGUCAUGCUAAAGUGAAUGGUUGCCAGGUCAAAUGGACUUGGCAUAGAAGAAUGGUGUGGAGCUUAUUAAUGGUGAUAUCGAGAUCUUGGUUAAGCAUUUACUCAAGGAGGGUAAUAGCUGUGUUGAAUGGCUUGCCAACCCACAAAUCACAAUGUCAUCGUCUUCAACACACACACACAGUACAGAUAGUGAUCCAACAUCUUAAGAACUCGCUUUCUUCCACGCUCGACUUCUUCCGGCCUCUUGCCGGCCGCCUUGAGGUUGUUCCCCAAGACGGCAACUAUGAUGCCUUUUCCGUCUUCAUCACUUGCAACGACGCCGGAGCAAGCUUUGUUCAUGCCAUUGCAGAGAACACUACAAUUGCCGACAUCCUUGAACCCACUUAUGUUCCUCCAAUUGUUGAUUCCUUCUUCCCACUUAGCAAAUCCAAGAACUUGGAAGGAACUCGAAUCCCAUUGACGGCGGUUCAAGUUACAGAGCUUGUGGAUGGCAUCUUCAUCGCUUUAUCAACAAAUCAUUGUCUUGCUGGUGUGAAGCCAUUCUGGUAUUUUUGGAAUACCUGGGCAGAGAUCUCUCGAUAUGGUUUAAACCAUACAAGGUCGAAUUCAAAUCUCGCUUCAUUUCAACGGUGGUUCCCUCAUGACAAUAAUAAACGACCCGUACAAAUCCCAUUCAGAGAGAUAACACGGAAUUUUCUUGAUGAAUCAGAUGAUUCUGAUCUUCUGCUGCCUCCUAUUUCUAAGAGGAUCUUUCACUUGAAAAGAGAAAAAAUUGAUGAACUCAAAGCAAAAGCUAACUCAGAGGUAGAGGAUGGUGGCUUCAUCAACAAAAUCUCCUCUUUACAAGCUGUUAUCAGCCAUGUUUGGAGAUCUGUGAUCAGAAACCAACAACAUCGUCUUGAUCCAGAAGAAGAGGUCAUCUACAGAUUCCACAUAGCUGCUGGACCCAGAAUUUCUCACCCACCUAUACCAGACAACUACUUUGGAAUCACUGCUCAAUUUGCUAGGGUGAUUAUGAUAGAAGACGGAGGCCAUGGGAAGUUCGCUUUGGAGAUGAAUAAGAUGAUAUCCUCAUACACAGAAGAAAAGAUCAAGAGGGACUUUUAAGCUUGGGUACAAAAUCCAACAAUGCAUUUACAGAGUGGCCCAAUAGGGAAGGUUAUGGGAACCGGAAGCUCUCCGAGGAGCAACUAUUAUACCUUUGACUUUGGUUGGGGAAGACCGGUGGUGGCUCUCAACGGCCCCGCCGAUAGAAAGAUGUGGAACUUGGCAGUUGAUGCCGGAGAAGAAGAAGGUAGCUUCGACGUUGAGCUAUGCUGUUCCUAUGAGAUACUUGAAGCAGUAUCAAAAGACCUUAAGUUCAUGCAUGGGGUGUCACCGCCGCCCCAUAAACUAACUAGCUUUAUGCAAUGCUUUUUUUUUUUUUUUU